AAUAUGAGUUUGACACAAUUUUCUGGCGAUGAGUGAUCAGUCGCAAUUAAAACUUUGUGUUUUAAUUAUUUAAUAAAUCUAUAAAACCUUACACUUUUACAAAAAAAUCUCCGUUGUUUCGUAUACAAAAGUGAGCCUUUAAUUCAAAGUUACAGUCUAGUCAUGCGUAAUGAAGAAUACACAUAUUAAUUGUGCCUGCUUCAUUUCACAUCAAACUUAUUGCAUCAAACAUAAUAUUGUAUAGUGGUCAGUGGAUGUAGUGCAUAGAACAAUGAGACAGUAUCAACAAAGAAGAUUCAUUAGGAACUCACCUUGCAGUUAAGCGGUAAUGCAGUAAAAAUGCAGCAGUCAAUCAACACCUGCCUUCUAGGCCUUUUAGGCUUUCUUACCUAUGUCAAAGGGAAUCUUAUUGUGUAUACCCAGGAUGUACCGCAUACAAUAGCAGAUGAAUUCCGUGACAUGCCUGCUAGUUUCGGUCCGGAUUUGCCAGUCGAGGGCCUCCGCGGCUUCCUCGUGGUGGGCGAACCGGCAGAUGGCUGCGGCGUCAUGACCAAACCACCUAUUGACGAGAACUUUACUGGAAACUGGAUUGCGCUAGUUGCUAGAUACAACUGCAGUUUCGAAGUAAAAGUCCGCAAUGCGCAGGCGGCUGGCUUCCACUGUGCCAUAGUACAUAAUGUCAACUCUAGUGACCUAGAGACAAUGUCGGCGAGUAAUCCUGUGGGAAUAGAUAUACCCUCGGUGUUCGUGAGUGACGUAGCUGGGAUCAUCUUAUCCGAAGAGUAUAAUUAUACUAACCGGUACUAUAUAAUGGUGAACGGUGAUCUUCCGUUUAACAUCAACACACACCUACUUCUGCCAUUUGCGAUAGUGGUCGUGUUGUGUUUGAUAGUCAUACUUGUGUUUAUGAUAGUGAAAUGUAUAAAAGACCGGCGGCGCGCGAACCGGCAUCGUCUUCCCAAUCGCUCGCUUAAAAAGAUUCCUACUUGCAAGUUCAGCAAAGGGGACCCUUACGAGACAUGCGCUAUUUGCCUUGAUGAUUACCAGGAAGGGGAGAGGCUACGAGUACUUCCUUGUGCACAUGCGUACCACGCGAAGUGCAUUGACCCGUGGUUAACUCAAAAUCGCCGCGUGUGUCCCGUCUGUAAGCGGCGCGUGUUUGCCGCUGGGGAAAGGCGACGCCCUCACCCUGACUCCGAUACGGAUGAUACGGAACCACUUGUGGGGGACUCGCAGGAGGGAAACGAUACUCAGGGUGGUACAUUUGAGGAACAACGGGAAAACCCUUUCGUGAGAGCAACGCGGUACAUCGCGCGACUGAGGGCUCGACAACAGGAAACUAAUAAUUCUGAGGUUGAAGCACCUCCAGCUCAGAUUAAUAAUAGUGCAGAUACGGUAGAAGUAGAGGCAGUGGAUGACACUCAGCCCCUACUAGCGUCCGUCCGUCGCCAGAAUCAGCGCAGAAGUCGCCGAUCUCGCUCUGCGCACGCGCAGCCCCAGUCCGCGCCUUCACAGCCAGAAAUUGGUGUAGCAGCUUUACACGCCCCCCAGUCACAGGUGGAAAGACGUUUUAUUGAUUUAUGAAUACAAAACAAUAUUUUUAUUUUGAAGUUGGUACUAACCGAUCUUUCUAUUGAGUUAUCUGCCAUCUUUACUGUGAUGGGUAAACGGUUAUACCACAUUUGGCAUAGUGGUGUUUGACUUCUUUCCUGAUUUAAUGUUUAAUUUGUAUUACGCUAUAUUUUUACUAUGCAACUAGUUAGGUUAAUAUAAAAAAUUCUACCAAUACUAUAUCGAUUAUUAUAUUGGAAGUUGACAGGUAAUAAUUUUUAACACCGCUUGGAAAAUUGUAAAAGUACUGAAACAUGACUUCAGUUUAAUUCCUUUACUUAAUUUUUACUGGCUUGAUUAACUGGUUCAUUCAUUUUUUUAAAUUAAUGUGUGUGUAGAACUUAGUUCUUAAAUACCUUCCAGGUGGUGUUAAAAAAUAUGUCACCUGUGUGGGGUAAAAGUAUUAAAUUACGAAGGGAAAGGUGUCAAUCCGAAUUAUGACAAUAUUAGUGUAUUCCUCUGUGCAAUCAAGUAUUUACUAACGCGACUAUCACACUAGAAUUAUAACACUCAUUUAAAUCCAUUGACUGUCUUAAUUAAUAUUGGAUAGUGCACGAUGUCUCUGACAAUACACAUAACGGUCCCGAUGGGAGAUUUUGUAAAUAACAGCUAGGUUUAAGAUUAGCGCGUCACUUCAACAUAUGUAAAUUAAAAAUUAUUCAGAUAUGUUUGUGACAAGCUAGCUUUGCAUUACCUGUAUAUAUUGAAAUAUAAUUAAAUGCGAAAUCCCGCCGCGAAUUGAAAUCACUUUUUGGUAUAAAGAAAGUGCUAUUGGCUAAAAUCGCGAAAAUGUUAUAGGUUAUAGUUGUUUGUUAAUGGAACAUUCUAGCCCUAGCCUACUUUCUAUACACAAAAAAUUAUACAUAAUUAAAAAUUUAAAACAACAGUGUAAAGCUAGCUUGAAUAAUUAUUAUCAUGUUUAUGUAGUCAGUUCCUAUUAAUCGAUAAACAGCUUAUCAAAUCAACGUCCUCGUCUUGUAGGUGUUAAAUAUACAUUGAAACGGUAUAUAAUAGCUUUUUUCUCGAAAUUCAUGUUUCAUCAUUACUCAAACAGUGUUGAUUAUCGUAUUAUUGGUCAUUUUCACUUUAAAUGCAACAAAACAUGCUAAAACUAUUUGUUGCAAUAGUAUAUGACCAUUUCAUUCAUUUUAUAGAGGUGCGCAGGUGUUUUGGGAAAAAUGUAGGAACUGACUUUUAUAUGGCUGUUGUAUUAUUUACCUAGCUCAGGUAUAUUGGUGUCAUUGUGGUUGCCCAUUUUGGGCCAUUUUGACACCAAUCUGGUCAGGCUAGGAAUCUCAGGUGUUUCUUUAGUUAUUAUAAAUUUUAUAAAGUAUUUAUUUCGUGUUUGUUUCCGUAACGCUUGUAUAGAAAUUCUAACUAUGUAUUGUGAUAUAUUUCGUUGCUCUUAUGACCAUUUCCAGUUAAGUUCUUAGGAUAAAAACCAAAGAAAUAAAGUCGUUUGACACGAAA